AACACGUCACCGGAAGUUUGGAGAGGCGGUUGAAUGGAAGGCGUUUGAAAAAAAAAAACAGGAACUAGACGCACUGAAAAUAGCGAUAUAUUUUUACAUUUAGGGUAUUUAAAGUUAAAAUCACGGCUUUCGCAGACGAUAUUUAAAGUCCACAGGGUAUGCGAGGACAUGUCAGAUUAAUCUGAUGCUACACGUCCAGCUUUGACGGUCCGAUCUUCUUCACUGGAGCUUGGAAAUGAACAUUAUGAUGGCGUGACGUCAUUCUACGCCUGAGCCUUCUCAUGGACGACUCGGACCAGGACUUCUCCUUCCUCUGCUCUCGGCUCCUGAAGAGAGUUCGACGGAAAGGUGGAGAGUCUGGAGAUGAGAAGAAAACAGUGGCGAAGGAUGAAGGAGAAGAUGAAGACUCUGGGUCUCGGAUCCAGAGCUGGAGCAAAGCGCCCUGUAAAAGGAAAAGGGAGAAGAAGGGAGGACUUCCGAGUGAAGCUAGAGACAGGAGCCGUACUGAUGGACUUGGAAAUGAAGGAGGGGAACCAAAGGAGCAGAAGAUGCGGGCGAAGGAAAUAGUGCUCAGCAGGAUGCAGCGGUUCAAGAGAGUGACUCCGCCUCGCCUCGUGCACACCGAGGAAGCGGCGAGCGCGGAAUCUGCCGUGCGGCCUGCCGAGACGCAGUCGCUCCCUGUGCAAGGGCCUGUCGAGAAACAGGAACGCGACGAGUUCUUGGCUCAGAGAUUACAGCAGGAGUCAGACCGCGAGGCUGAGAGCCAGGCUGUAGUGGACGUAGAGGACAGAGGCGUGUUCUUCUGCCAGCUCUGCUACAAAGACCUGUCAGCUAUGAGCCAUCAGCUGCGCACUCAGCACAUCAACCGGUGUCUUGAUGAGCGUGAGAGCAGCACCUCACAGCACCGCGUUCCUCCUCGUCCUAAUCCUCGUCCACGCUUACCCGAGUGCCCAAUUUGUGGGCGGGGCUUUAAGUCCGAAAAGACCCGCUCCACACACCUAAAGCGCUGCUCUGCGAGCAUGGGCGUGUCUCCGGCUGAGCUGCUGCGAGCCCUGCAGAGACAAGCAGCCGAACGCGAGAACGGGCAGCAGGCAGGAGGAGGAGGAGGAAGAGGCGGCGGCGGUGGUGGUGGUGCUUCAGAGUCCGGUAUGCCUGUGAGGAAGAAAGCCAGAAAACAAGCGCCACGCAUGGAUGAAGACACCAUGGUGGCUCUGGCCUUGUCUCGCUCUCUGCUGGAGCAGGAGAAGGAGGAGAGAAUUAUACAGGAGCAGCUGUCAAGAGCUGGAGCAGGUAAGAGUCGAGGAGGAAAGAGGCGGAAAGGUGCCCCGGACGCUCCCCCUCCCCUCCUCCUGGUGCAGGACCCGCAGGCCGCUCAGAACCGGAUCCAGGAGCGAGUCUCCUCGUUGCUACUCAUCCCCAGACCUCCUACUCCUCCCACCCCGACCCUGCUGCCCUCCGCCCUCUCCACACACACCCUCCUCUGGCUGAAGAGCGCGCUGCCCGGAGGAGGACCGGCAUUGCUUUCGGAGUUUUACGCUGCAGACCUCGGGGCGUUCGUACAGCCUUGGAUCGGAGCAGAGAAGGAAAAAUCCCCAUCGUCAGAGAUUCAUCAUGCAGCAGCUUCAGAAUCUGGCAUGGCUCCAGAACAGCACCUAGCGUCUGCUUCACCUCCAUGUUACCCUUCCACCCCGAGUCUGGACACGCCCGGGACGCAGGCCCUGACCGACCUGGUGGACCUGGCUGAGGAGGGCAUGACGCUCACACAGUGCAGAUACACCACCGAUAACGACCCUGCCGCGGGUGAACCUCCUCUCAGUGGAUUUGUUCCCGAAGUUACGGAAACCCCGAGACCUCGUAUAAACUCGGCGAGCGUGUCCAGGCUGUGCGCUGAUCUGGGCGGCAUGGUGAACAACCCUCAGCUCAGUGACGUGCAGCUGCAGGUGGACAACGGCAACGUCUACUUCGCUCACUCUUUCAUGCUCUACACCCGCUGCCCUCUGCUGGCUCACAUGGUCCAUGAUGCAGGUUUUGGUGUGCAGGAGGAAGGCUUUCCGAAGGCUCAGAGGGUUUUGUUGUCUGAUGUGUCUGGUGAGGCAGUGUACGCUCUGCUGCAGUACCUGUACACCGCUGUUUGCCACCCGACACACACCCUGCUUCCUGACGUACUCCAGAUAGCCCGGAGGUUUGGUCUGUCUGAGCUGCAGCAGCAGUGUGAGCAGUACACUGGAAAUCUAGGGGACCACCCAAGAGAACAGGAACGGGACGCUUCCCAGACUCAUGAGCCAGAACCCCAGCAGAGCCUAGUUGAUACGCAGUUCCUGGAGCUCCUCCGCUCCAUGUGGGAGCGCGAGGAUGGCGACCGCGAGAAAGUCGGGAAAGCCGACCGCGGGAAGGAGGGCGAAGGAGAUGGAGAGAUUAAAGACGAUAUCGUCGAUGAGGACGAGCUGGAUGAAAUUUACGAGUUCGCGGCCACGCAAAGGAAGAUGGGGGCUGAGGCGGAUGUGAGUACCGAGAGCGGUGAUGAAGAGGAAGACAAGGGAGCGAACAGCUGCUCUGGUGCAGAAGGAAAGAGGGAUGAAGGAAAGCAAAAUGCCAUAAUGGAGGAGGAGACAGACAUGCACCGCAGUGCUGAUGUUGAUUUGAAUUCUGGGUCUAAUAAAAACGUGCGCCAAAGCAGAGUUCCGGGUGGCACUUUGGACCGGAGCUACGACCGUCUGUUCUCCGAGUCCUGUGGAGAGGGAGAGUACAAAGAGCCGUCUCAGACACAGACUCUGCAUUCGGACCAGAAGACUACACCCACCUCGCGGCGCAUUUCUUCAGUCAGCGAAGUGAUCGAUCUGUCCGUUAGUCCUCCACUGGAAUCGGCCGGGUCGCUGUUCCCUGUGACCGGCUUUUCUCCAGCAGAGACUCAGAAUCAGAGCGAAGUAGUUCAAGUGGCUCUGACUCCGGAGAAUCCGAAUGCAAUUGGUAAAACCCAGCUUGAAGUAACUCCUUCACUACCCAGUAGUACCAAACCCAGACUCUCCGCUCCAGCACCCAAUCACAGCCAGCCUGAGCUCAUCGUCCUCUCCGACUCCAGCGAUGACACGGAUCACGACCUUCCUGACCAAGUCCCUUCACAUGGGCACUCUCCCCGACCACCAACCUCAUCUCCAUCGCGACUCGGGCUGCUCUACACUCGCAUUAAAGCUAAAGAAACCACACUGGUUCCACUCUCUCCCGAAAGAUCAAACAAGACCCCCAGUUCUGUGCAUCCGGAGCCUUCCAUAGCUGACAGAGUAAGCAACGAGAGCGUUUUGGACGGCUCUGCUGAGGUUUCAUGGUUAAUCCCGGCGACUCCGGAGCCUUCAACCCGCACCAACUCGACGCAGACCUCCAGCAGCAUGCGCCGUACUCGGCUCUUCCCCAGAUCUUGUUCUUCCGUUUCUGACAACCCCAAAAGCUCAAACUCCUUCGAAGAACCUCAUAGAGAACACUCCCAACCAUCUCCAGCUUUCCUGAAGCUCACAUCCUAUUCCAGAUGGUCCAAGACCUCACACAGUGACUCUGAAAAUCGAGCUUAUCCUAAUUCUGCCUCCGAGCCCUGCAGCAGCACUCCUCUCCACUCAGACCCUCGUCUACAGCGUCUCAACCCUCUUGGAUCUCCAUUACUGGGAGACAGCGAGCUGAGAACUCGAAGAAGAGCAGGUCAAGAGGGCGGACUUGGAUCCAUCCGUCUUAGUCUGUCAGAGAACUCGUCCUCCCCACGACGAAGCUCUCGAUCAGAGAAGGAAUCGAGCAAAAGUCCUGCCAAGUCCCAGCGCUGUGAUAACCCUGGAGAUACUGGAGAUCUGGAGAUGAGCUUUGAGGAAAAGGAACCAGUGGAAACAAGGCCUAGCCUAACAAAUGAGGUUGAAGUGAUAGAGGAAGGCAUGUCCUUUGUCUUCGAUGAGCCACCCAUUGCGUUCAAUGACUCCUGGGGUCUGGGACGAGCGGUUGCCGAGCACGGCCCAUGCUUCAGUCUGAAGCUGGAGAGAAGUGGAGACCAAACUAGUCCCCCAGAACGAAGUGUACAGGGUGAGACGGCUUCCCCGCAGACUUUCUCUUCUCCUCCUGCACAUGGAGCUCAGUGCAACCUGCCAGAUUCUGGAGCGCCACACAACCACAGCUUGCCUGAUGCGGCGAUGUGGGACAGCUGGAAGGAAGACGACGAGGACGUGGAGGAAGUGGGUGCUCUUCCUCUCUCUCAGAGAGUGGGCGCAGCAGCUCUCACCAAGAGAGUGUCUCAGUUAAGAACGCCAGUGGCUUGCAUGAAGAAGGAUCAAGUCCCACUGGUGCCCAUCACGCCCAUGCCAAGCUUCUCAGACAUGGACACGCCCGAGCUUAAGAACAGACUGACCAGGUACGGCGUGCGCCCCCUUCCUAAGAAGCAGAUGGUCCUGAAGCUGAAGGAGAUCCACCAGUACACCCACCAGCUGAUGAGCUCCGGCUCUGAGGAGGAGACUUCUCCCAAAAACCGUCCCAGAGCCGCUCCAGUCGCCUUCAAACAGCCCACGGCGCCUCCUCCUGUCUCACCCAGGAAACUGCAAUUUGGGGUGGAAGAAGAAGAGGAUGAUGUGUUACCUGCAUCUCAGGAUUCCAACACCUCCUCCACGGCCGAGUCAGAAAGAUCCAACCCGGAAAUGUGCGACUCUGAUGAUGACGGAUCCGACAGUGAUGGUAUCACGGCAUCUCAGGCGGCCGUACGCCAGAAGGACAAACUCCAGGCCGUGCGUUCCUUCAUCCAGUCUGACCCGGCCCUAUACAGCCGCGUGCUGCAGUACCAGCCGCUCUCUCUGUGCGAGCUGAAGGCAGGGCUACGGGCGGCAGGUAUCCGGCUGAGCACCACCAAGCUGCUGGACUUCCUGGACUCCCAGUGCAUCACUUUCACAACAGCAAAGCAAGGCCACCCGGCACCUUCGCGCAGGAGAGCUCGUGGAGCAGGAAGAGGGAGGAAAAAACUAGCUAAGGCAGUUGAUUGAGGUGCAAUUAAAUGAGAGCCCUCUGCAUGAGCUGCGUGAGAGGGACUACUGUGGAGCCCUCUUUCUGAGCUGCAUAAUUAAAAUUCUCAGGGUUUUAAUCCAUGUUACGUUUCUUUUUUUUAUGUGAUGUUUAAAUAUUAUAUUAAAAGAAAGAUGUCUUAACACUC